UUUGUCGAUUCGUUCGUUAUAGGUUAUCAGUUAUUAGAGGUCGUUAAAUAUGAGAAUACGUUGACGCAAUGAUUCUUUAUUUGCACCAUUGUAUACGUAAUUUUUUCCUGUCUACGAUUACUGGUGUCACUGACGAUCGAGGGUUCCUGACACAUUACGAAAGAAGAAAGAAUUGAUCGAACGAAUGAGGUCCAACGUGUGCUCGUUUGCAUGUGACGUCGCAAAACGUAAUUAUCGCACGUUGCUGUUAUUUCCUCUUGGCCGAUGUCUUCGGCAAAAUCUGCCGGCGUCCUUUAAACAAUUCUCAUCGAUUUACGACAAUAAGAUCAUGCCACGUUCCGUCGAACAUAUGCUCGGCAUGCAACGGAUGAGACAGAAGAUAAAAGAAAAGUCAACGAAAUAUAUCGGAAACACAAAGGUGUCAUUACAGAUUCUUGGCACUGGAGCUUAUGGCACAUCACGAUGUGUCUAUUUGACAGCAGGUCACACAAGGUACAUUUUCAAUUGUGGUGAAGGGACGCAGAGAUUGGCAUACGAGCAUAAGUACAAGCUGAUCAAAUUGGAGCAUGUCUUUAUAACGUCGGCAACCUGGAAUAACUUGGGCGGCAUGCCAGGAAUGCUUCUGACAAUACAGGAUGCUGGGGUGCCGAAGAUCAAUAUACAUUGCCCCAAGGGGACGAUGGAGAUAUUCAACACGAUCAAGAAGACCGUGCUGCUGCAGGCUCUGAAGAUCAAUGAGAGCAAAUGUAACGAAUCAGAGCCGUACGUAGAUUCAGUUAUGUCUGUUUCAUAUGUUUCCAUUAUGAAUCCAAAUAUGCCACAGACAAGGCCUAUUAAUAUAGAAAAAGAUGUGAUCAAUAUUAAUUACUACGAUUAUAAGACCAACUCAAAUGGCAAGCUAGUACCUGAUAGAGUAACAGAGAAAAAGUCUAAAGUACCGAAGAUUGAUCAGAAGCCUGACAAUAGAAUAUCAUCUGUAAUGUCUUACAUUUGUAAAUUGCAUCCUCGAGCGGGUACAUUAUCCUUAGAGAAGUGUAUAGAGAAGGGGGUGAAACCUGGGCCUUUACUCGGUCAGCUCAAAACUGGUGCAGAUAUUACUCUUCCAGAUGGCACAGUUGUUUUAAGCAAGGAUGUUUGCUCGCCAGCAACGCCAGGUCCUACUUUUAUAAUUGUAGAGUGUCCCUCAGAAGAUUACUUAGAGCCUUUUGUAAAUCAUCCUGCCUUUGUACGACAUCAGACGGGAACGGCGAACGAAGAUGAUAUACCAUACUGUGUCAUUCAUUUUACUCCGCAAGAAGUGAUAGAUAAUUCUCGCUAUGUGAACUGGAUGAGCAAAUUUGGUCUUAAUACGCGUCAUAUAGUCGUGAAUGAAGAGAACCAAUGCAUGGGCACUGAAGCGAUGCACAGACAUCAACACAAACUCCAUAUGUUGCACCCUGAGAUAUUCCCUUUUUUAAACGAGGAAAGCUUUCAAAAUAAAACAAGAGAGGAAGAUCUGCCCAUCAUACAUCGUCCCAAAACCCAUCAUACCAUUCAUCUACAGCCGCAACUGAGAUUUGAUACGAAAAAUGAGGUAUCGCUGCAUCCAGAAGAAUAUGUAAAUGAAGUUUUCGAGAUUGACGGCUUUUUAGAUGCGUUGGCGGAACUCCAAACAGAAAUCAACGCUCGAACGAAAACGUUAGAUAUUAGCAACGAAUAUCCGAAGAUUGUCAUGUUGGGUACUGGAUCUAGCAUACCAAGUAAAGUCAGAAACACGAGCGGCAUACUUCUACAAGUGGACAAAGACCACAGUAUAUUACUAGAUUGCGGAGAGGGCACGUUCGGGCAGAUAGUAAGAAUCUACGGGAAGUCUGAGACGCACAAUAUCCUAAAAACGAUAAAAGGAGUGUACAUAUCGCACAUGCACGCGGAUCAUCACAUAGGAUUGAUUGGCCUGCUGAAGGAGAGAAGGAAGGUCACAGAAGAUCCUUUGUAUCUGUUAGCACCAGGGCAUAUAAAUGCAUGGCUGCAGAUGUAUCAUACACAUUUUGAGCCCAUCUUAUAUCGAAUCACAUUGAUCAAGAACAGCGAGUUCUGCAUGGACUCGCAUAACCCAGAGUUGUAUAAGUACAGAACCAUGUAUAAUACACUGAACGUGCAAGCCAUACAGACAGUAUACGUCGAGCAUUGUCCUUAUUCUUAUGGUGUUUCCGUGACACUCCAUAAUGGGAAGAAAAUAGUAUAUAGUGGUGACACUAUGCCCUGUGAGCGUCUCGUGGAACUUGGUCAAAAUUGCGAUCUACUCAUCCAUGAAGCGACAAUGGAGGACGAUCUGAUAGAGGACGCCAAACUGAAGUUUCAUUCGACGGUCUCGCAGGCUAUACAAGCAGGCGAAAAGAUGAGAUCAAAGUUUACACUAUUGACGCAUUUUAGUCAACGCUAUUCCGUAAUACCUCACUUGCCGGACAACAAAAAUGGUCCUAAACUAGAUAACGUCGGCAUUGCGUAUGACAAUAUGCAUAUUAGUUUGUCGCAUUUGCCCUUGUUGCCUUUGAUGUACCCGAUAUUAAAAAUAAUGUUUAAUAAGUAUUAUCUAGAAAUAGAGGAUCGAGCUGCUCGAAGACAACGAAUAGCAGCUUAAUAAAUAUUUUAUAUUAAUAUAAAUUAUAGUACAACUUUUGUCUUACUGAUAUCUAACACAAUUUUCCAUCGUUGACUUUGAAAGUCUUGGAGAAACAUUUUUAACAAACUUCAAUGAAUGUUGCGCAGCAAUGGGUUUAACUAGCCGCUAAAAGUUUGCUUCUUUAAUUUUAACAUGUAAAAUAAUCAUUUAAACUGAUCUUUAAAUAAGGAUGGUUCAUGUAUCUUACGAUUUUUGUAUAAACUAGUUAAAGAAUCAAAGAAUCUUACUGAAACGGAAAACAGCAGACCUGUACAUAAUCUUGUAUAUAUGUAAAUCAGUUUACGAAAGGAACUACAUUUGUGUGGUUGAAAUAAUUCGGCGGUAAAGUCUUGACCAAUAAAAAAUUAUCUUAUUACAUCUUUUAAUUUAUUACAUCCAUUGUUCUUAAUGCGGCUCUAUCGUGAAAAAAUAGUAAAAAGAGAUAAUUGAGUAAUAAUACGUGUAUCGUCGUCGGCAAUCCGACCCAUACAUCUAAGCAACAUUUUGUUCAAAAAAAGUAAAAUAUUUAACAUAUAUUUUUGUUCGCUUUUUGCAUCGUGCACAUACUUAUGUUUUGUUCUUGUUUAAAAUUAAGCGACGCGAGAUGCACGUAUAGUAUUAUGCUAUAAUUACGAUAAUAUAAUGAUAUUGAAGAGGCAAACAUAUUUACAAGAGACUGACAUAUUUUAAUGUCUCUUCCUUUCUCUCUCUCUCUCUCUCUUUCUCACACACACAUUUCUCCU